UUAGGAUUGCAGCCUUAAAGACAUUACAAAUACUGAUUUAUGUUUUUGCUUAUUCUCUACCAAAUGGACAAUUGGUAUAAAAUGCCUGUAGCUGCUUCAAAUGCUUCUGUUUUAGAGGAUAUUCACCAUUAAUAUGAUGCCAUUUUAAAAUGUAAUGUGUAAUGUGUGAGAUGGCUACCAAGCAUCUAAAUUUACCUCAGUUUAGAAGUCAGUUUCUUCAUAAGUAAUUGGUUUGCCUUCCAAAUAAAAAUGCUAAUGAUUGAGGCAUUACACCUAUAAAUGACAAUGCACCUCUUAUUUUGAGUAUCCAGAUGGCUGAUCGAGUGCUUGUGAUUGGCAGCGGUGGCAGAGAACAUGCUCUGGCUUGGAAAUUGGCACAGUCUCCACAUGUGAAACAGGUACUGGUUGCUCCGGGAAAUGCCGGUACAGCUAAUGAUGGCAAAAUCUCUAAUUCAGGGGUUUUAAUUAGCAACCAUACUAUCCUAGCCCAGUUCUGCAAAGAUCAUAACAUUGGGUUUGUGAUCGCUGGACCAGAAUCUCUCCUUGUGACAGGAAUUGUUGAUGACUUGGUAGCGGCUGGAGUUAGAUGUUUUGGCCCUACAGCCAGGGCAGCACAACUGGGAACAAAUCGAAGUUUCGCUAAGGUCUUUCUUGAUCAACAUGGAAUUCCAACAGCAAGAUGGAAUGAAUUUUUAAAUCCGCAAGACGCUUGCACUUUUAUUAAUAGUGCUGCUUUUCCUGAAUUGGUGGUAAAGCCUAGUGGCUUGGGUCCUAGAAAAGAGAUAAUUAUUGCGUCCAACAGAGAGGAAGCCUGCAAUGCAGCGCAAGAAAUUCUGCAGGGCAAUGUUUUUGGAGACACCCAAGAUACCGUAAUAAUUGAAGAACUUCUUAAAGGGGAAGAGUUUUCUUGCUUAUGCUUUGUGGAUGGAGUCACUUUUGCUCUCAUGCCACCAGUCCAGAUCCAAAAGCGACUAUCUGAUGAAGACUGGGGUCCAAGCACUGUUGGAAUGGGAGCUUAUGGUCCAGUACCUCAGAUUUCCGAAGUCCUUCUAGAAAAAGUUAAAGGUACACUUCUUCAACACAUUAUCAACAGCAUGAAGCAAGAAGGCAUAUCUUAUGUAGGUGUGCUGCAGAUAGAAUUAAUGCUUACCAAAGAUGGUGUGAAAGUCUUAAGUUUUGACUGCUAUUUUGGUGACCCCCAAUGCCAGGUGGUUGUUCAGCUUCUUAAAAAUGAUCUUUAUGAAGUGAUCCAAGCCACUAUUGAUGGCAGGCUCUGCAGUUCCAUGUUGGCUUGGUCAGAGAAUUGUACUGCUGUGUCGAUUGUCAUGGCAAGUGAAGGGCAUCCGGAAUGUUCUAAUCAGGGCAAAGAGAUCACUGGGCUCCUUCAGGCAAGAGAGCUAGGCCUGGAGAUCUUCCAUGGAGCUACCAUAGCAGUGGAUGACAAAGUGCUGGUUAAUGGCAGCAGAGUCCUGACAGUAACAGCCAUGAAGGAGGACCUUGCGUCAGCGCUUGAAGUUGCCUACAAAGGACUGGCAGCCAUUUAUUUCCAGGGUGCAACUUAUCGAAAAGAUGUUGGUUAUCAAGCUAUGAGGUUUCUCAGACAGUCUGCGAGUCCAUCAUAUGAAGACAGAAUUGCAGAUCCUAUUGUUUGCAAUGUCUUGGUUCGCCCAUCUAACCUAACAGCUGCAAGUGGUUCCAAAUUAGGCAGCUGUGGGCAUCGGGGGAGUGUUUCUGCCUUCUUUGAUUUGAGAGCAUCUGGUUAUAAUGAUCCCAUUCUAGUAUCCCAAACUAAAAGCAUUGGGACAAAAAUGAAGAUUGCCCAGCUGUGCAAUAAACAUGACAUGAUUGGUCAGGACUUGGUGGCCAUGUGUGUCAACGAUGUCCUGGUUCAGGGAGCUGAGCCUCUCUUCUUCCUUGACCAUUUUGCCUAUGGAAAAUUGGAUCCUGGUGUGGCUCAGUCAAUAAGAGAUGGGAUAGAUGGAGCCUGCAAACUGGCAGGAUGUACUCUUCUGGGAAGAGAGACCAGUGAAAUAUCUGGCACCUUUGCACCUGGAGAGUGCAACCUGGUUGGCUUUGUUGUUGCUGCUGUGGAACAAGAAAUGGGAUUUCCACAGCAGGAGAAGAUUGUCAGUGGUGAUCUCCUCAUUGGCAUAGCUUCUUCAGGCCUUCACAACCAAGGAUUUAGUCUUGUGAGGAAGAUUCUUUUAACAUCAACCCUACACUAUUUCUCUUCUGUUCCUGGUGGAUGUGGUCCCCAGACUUUAGGAGAGCAGUUGCUAACCCCGUCCAAAAUCUAUAGCAAAACUCUGCUGCCUGUACUCCGUUCAGGAAAUGUGAAAGCCUACAUCCACAUUGCAGAAGGAGGGUUGCUGGGAAGCUUUUCUACAAUCCUUCCUGAACAAUUUAGUGUGGUUUUGGAUGCUCAUAGUUGGAAUAUUCCUUCAAUAUUUUCUUGGCUUCAAGAAGAGGGAAGCCUUUCAGAAGUGGAGAUGUCUCAAAUGUUUAACUGUGGGAUUGGUGCUGUGCUGGUGGUACAAAAGGAGUUUGCUGGACAGAUUUUGAAAGAUCUCCAGAAAUACGAGGAUGCGUGGUUGAUCGGGAAAGUCAUCCACCAUCUUGCAGGGUGUUCUCGUGUAGUAAUCAAGAAUCUUCUUGAAGCAUUGCUGCAAAACAAAUAUCCAUUUAUGAAGAAUCUUUCCAAUGUAGACAGCCAGAUCCAGACCACAUGCAGAAAAAGCAAAGUGAAAGUAGCUGUUCUUAUCUCAGGAAUGGGUACAAGCCUGACAGCACUUCUCGGAUAUGCAAAAGAGCCAGCAAGCUGUGCCCAAGUAGUCCUUGUCAUCGCCAACAGGUCUGGGGUGGAAGAACUGAAGAAUGCAACCCUGGCUGGCAUCCCCACCAGAGUAAUUGACCAUAAACUGUAUGGAAGCAGAUCCGAAUAUGAAGGCACACUUGACAGAGUCCUUGAAGAAUUCUCUGUGGAACUGAUUUGUCUGGCAGGAUUUAUAAGAGUUUUGACUAGCAACUUCCUUAGGAAAUGGAGUGGGAAAAUUCUGAGCACUUAUCCAUCACUUUCACCAUUAACUAAAGGAGGAAAUGCCCACAAGCAGGCACUCUCAUCUGCAUACAAAAUUGCUGGCUGUACGGUCCAUUUUGUGCUUGAUACUAGUCUUGAAGCAGUAAUCUUACAAGAGCCCGUCUCUGUGAAGGCAGAAGACACAGAAGAGACCUUGUCAGAAAAGGUCAAAGAAGCAGAGAGCCGGGUAUUUCCUGUUGCCCUGCAGCUGGUUGCCAGUGGAAUGGUGCAACUAGGAAAGGAUGGCAAAACCUACUGGAAACGAGAGAAUCGGGAGCUGGUCCAUCAAAAGGAAAGGCAGGAUUGCUCCUCCUCUUAAACUUUCCUAUAAGCAGCUACAAUGCAGCAAUGAAUAGUGACAGUUACAAUAAUUAAGGCUGAAACUAUCAAAUUCCUCUUAUCCAAGUGCUUUUCCUUUGCUAAAAUCAGAGCAUGGGGGUCAAUACUGCUUCUGCAAGUGAGGAAAGCAUGCUCAGUGUACACAAUACGGUGCAUUAUUAGCUUCAGGGCAACCUAGGUGGGGAUUUUACUCUCCCCCUGACUCCAUGAAAUUCAUGUGCAUACCCCACCAGAUAAUAAGCAUUAGGAGGGGAAAUCUCUUGCACCAACAUAGCUCCCCCCCAAAGGAAUUAGGUGGAGAGGGGCUGUGGCUCAAUGCAGAGCAUCUGCUUUGUAUGCAGGACGUCCCAAGUUCAUUCCCUGGGAUCUCCAAGUAGAGAUGGGAGGGAGCUGCUGCCAGUCAGUGUGGACAAUACUGAGGUAGAUGGACCAAUGGAGAUGGCGCUAUAUAAGGCAGCUACCUAGGAUUCCUUUCUCCAUCCUCCACACAAAGUUUUAUCAUUUUGUUUCUCAUUCUGCAUUGUCUUGGCCACAUCACUGCUGACCUCAGAGGAGAGGUUUCUGUGGCCUUUGCUGGUAUUAUAAAAACUGUAUGGGUUUUGUGGCGCCAGCCACAGCAACAAAAAUCAGAUAAGGGGACGUUGCAGCUGGGUUUUGCCAACUGCAGGGAACAAGAAUGAGAAACUUGAGCAGGCACGUGCUGAACUGCAUGAAAACAGUGUGUGUUUGUGUCACUUGUAAAGGCAAUGGAUAUUAUUUUCCCCUCAGGUUUGCAACUGGAUUUAUAUUCUAAAGAUCUUUAAACCAGAGCUUCUGAGAGCUCUCUUAUAUGCCAUUCGAAGGACACCUGAAUCACCUUUUAAAUAACUUCCCACAUAAAACUAGUCAGUCAGUCAGUCAGUCAGUAUAUGAUGGAUAUCCAGCAAAAUAUGGGUGCUGGUUGAUAAUUUCCCCAAACUUUCUGUAUUUAGCUAUGAUAGUUUUCACUUCAAAUGAUCCUCAGCUCUAUUCUCACAAGGUGUGCCACAAUCAUGUUUCGGAAACUCUAAGAUGGUACAUAGUAAGAAGAAUGUUUCUUGUACUUACUUUUCGUUAUGUACAAACACAUUGGAUGAAAUUGCAUUGCAAAACCGUUUUUCACACACGGUGACUUGAGUGUGCACAGCCGUCUCUCCUGGAAGGACUGGUUUGUACAGUUUAAAUGGGGCAGCGGUUCAUGAGUACACAGAACCACCCUCCUUGAAAUAACGGGUAAGCUUGGGCUGUUGAUGGAACAUGGUGCUCUGGGUAGGGGCUAACAAGAGAUUAGUGUACCAAUGUCAUCUCUCUUGAUAACAAUAUAUGACAUACUCUAGCUAAAAGCUAGAUACAAUGGGUAAGCUUGUCUUCUUACAUGGCCUGACCAUUAAAAGCAGAACACCUCUGGUUUAUUUUUGGCUUCAGGUUGCUUCUUUUCUGGAAGGUUUCCACCAGCAAGACUUGCUUAGGAACUGACAAGACACUGCAAGGCAUCUUUAGCAACUGUAAGGAGAGAGAUCUUUUAACUAUCACCCAGAAAUUAACAUAGAUAUGUAUGUAAUUUCUUAAAUUAAUGAUUUUUAUUAGAAUGGGGUUUGAUAUCACUGAACAUUUGGGUACAAAACAGAUAAGAGGAAUGUAACAGUAUUGUGCUAUAUAGUCCAAUUCCUAUGGAAGCUUAGCAUUUGAACACUGAUUAGUUUUGUAAAUAGCAAAAUCAUAACACAAUGGAAAUAUAGUAUUCUCUCCUUUAAUGAACCAUCAUGAUGAUUUUUUUUAAGGCACAUGUAAUAUGUAGCUACCUACUUCUUUUCUUUCAAAGUUAGGUCAAUUCCUUCCUCACUCUGCUUUCUAGCUAUGAUAAAAACAUACUGAAGAACAUGUUGUUGCAUGUCUCCAUGAUGCCAUGGGUUAAGUUUUAAUAGACAAUAUGCUUCAUAGUAUAAUAUAUUUAGAAAACGGGUAGGGAUUAAUUCUCCCACAUGUGAU